GAUUCUGUGAGAUGCUCCUGGGAUGUGCAGGUCCAAAAGUGUUGGAGUAUAAUUGUCGUUUUGGCGAUCCAGAGACCCAAGCGUUGUUGCCACUGUUGGUGUCGAACAAGAUUGAUUGUUACGACCUCUUCCUCUCGUGUACAGCGGCGGGAAAGCAAUUGUCGUCAAAGUUGUCGGCGAGGCUUGACGCAAUAAAAGGAUCUUCGGUAACCGUUGUAUUGGCCAGCCGUGGGUAUCCAGGUGGGUUCACCAAAGGGCAUCCCAUCAACGGUGUCAACAGGGCGGAAUGCGUCCCAGGCGUUCACGUAUACUAUGCGGGGGCGCAGUUUGAUGAGAAGAGAGUAGUAGUGACCAGCGGAGGUCGGGUGUUGUCGGUGACUGCUGGAGGGGAGACUGUGAGGGACGCAGCUGAACGGGC